AUGGAGAAGGAAAAUCUUAUAGAGCCAGCAGCUGGAGCAGCUAUCGGUUCAUUUACUAGACCACGAGUUAAAGCUGUUUCCCAUCAAAAUGGAGUCUUUCUUUGCAGAGAAAUGCCAAAGCUGCCCCUACCACACACAAAGAGAGCAGCAUUUGAUGAGAUUAGUGGGAGUAAUCAUCAGCCUAAGAGGAGAGCUGCGCUCACGGAUAUCUCAAAUGUUGUGUGUGCCGGGAAUUGCAUCAAAGCAUGUACAUUUGCUGUUCUGGAGGAGAAACCACCUUGGAGAUUGAAUGCAUUGUCAAUGAAGGAUGCGAGCAACGAUAGCGCACCCAAGAUGAGAAAGGGUGCUAACCUUUUGCAAUACAAAAGCAUUUCAGACAAAAUUUCAGAGAAAGUUGAACACAUUCUCCAUAUGGGGAAGUCUAAACUAUCAGCAAAACAAGACAUCGUCGAUAUUGAUGCUAAUCAGAGAUAUCCCCAGCUAUGCAGUAUCUAUGCUUCUGAUAUAUACAGUUAUCUGCAUGUUGCAGAGAUAGACAGAAGACCCAAUUCUACCUAUAUGGAAACGGUUCAGCAGGACAUCACGCCCCCUAUGCGGGCGAUUCUGGUAGACUGGCUUGUGGAGGUGUGCGAUGAAUACAAAUUGAUUCCAGACACACUUUAUCUGACGGUUUACCUCAUUGAUGCUUUUCUGUCUCUUGAGAGCAUUGCAAGACAAAGACUCCAAUUGCUUGGCAUUACUUGCUUGCUUAUCGCGUCGAAAUUUGAAGAGAUUUGUGCACCACGGGUGGCAGAAUUGUGCCUAAUCACAGACUGUACAUACACAAAAGCCGAGGUCAUAGAGAUGGAGAGCCGAGUCUUGAACAAUUUGAAUUUUCGAGUAUCGGCUCCAACUGCUAGAACUUUCCUCAGGAGAUUCAUCCGUGCUGCACAGUUAUCUUAUGAUUUAACAGAGGACUUCAAUCUUAAGCUGGAGUUACUGGCCAAGUACCUCACCGACUUGACAUUGAUUCACUAUGGUUUUCUGAAGUUCUUUCCUUCUGCUGUUGCUGCAUCUGCAGUAUUCCUUGCCAGAUGGACAUUGAGACAAUCGGGCCACCCAUGGAACGCAACAUUGGAACACUACACCAAAUACAAGUCUUCGGACCUAAAAGUAACUGUUUGUGCAUUGCAAUGUCUUCAGUGGAAUAGUGCUAGUUGUCCUACAAACGCCAUUCGUACAAUAUACUGUCAAGCUAAGUUCAAAUUUGUUGCUGCUUUGACUUCACCUGUACUUGUCGACGCGCUCUUCCAACAAUGA